ACUGCUCUGUGUACAAGCCCAAACCACUUCCAAUUUAGGGGACAAGGAGAAUAUUGAAAUUUACUAGCCCCGCCUUCCAGUCCCCAACAGGGGGGAUUCUAGACAGGGGUUCCACCCCUGACCACACCCCAGGCCCUCACUGGGGGAUUCUAGGUGGGGCUCCACCCCUGACCACACCCCCAGCUUCUCACUGGGAAUUCUAGGUGGGGGUUGUAAUGCUAGAUUUACUCCCAGCCUUGCAUCUUAUUAGGACUCAGAAUUGCUUGGGCUGUAGCUCAGCAGUAGGGCUUGCUUGCCAGGGUUAAGAUCCUGGUUUCUAUCCCAGCACUGUGAAAAGGAACACUCCCAGCAACUCUUAAUUAUAUUUUACAUUUCUCUAUAGAAAAGCAAUGGUGCCUGGGGUGUGGCUUAGCAACAUUUGCCUGGUAUGCCAAGGCUCUGGGUUCCAUCCCCAGCACUGAAAACGAAAACAAUGAGCUAUUUUUCUGCUACCCACCAAUGUUUGGAACACAACAGGCCAUCCAUUUGGGUAGCAAAAUGUCACUUCAGUUUCUCAUUAACUGAAUCAUGACACUGGUUGGCUUGCAAACCCAUGGAUGUUUUUUGACUUUGAGACAGUCUCAUAGCCUAGAACUCCUGGCCCUCCACCUCCUGCAUGCUAGGAUCAUAGCUGUGUACCAACCAGGCCCCGGUUAUUUCAGUCUGUAGCCCAACUUGGCUUCAGACUUUCAGCUAUGUUCCUACUUCAAGAUUCCCAAAUAGCUGGGGUGGUUAAGCCUGUGCUACCAUAUCCAACUAAUCCUAGAUUGGCUUUGGUGGGAUACCCCAUGUAGUCCAGAGUGGGACAGCUGUGUGCCCCAAGUCUCCAGCCAGGCUUGAAGCUAUCAUGGCACCAGAGGUAGACAAUGGGUCUGGGAGUCACAGUGCCUGCCCUUCUUGGCUGGCUAAUGUGCCUGGUAGAGAAAGAGUUACAUCUGGGCACCUCCCAGUCUCCAGAGCCAUACUGCCUAGCAACAGCUAUUCCAGACAGGACGCACAGACCUCCCGGAGGAGCUCCACCGGUAGGACUGACUCGGGAAACAAGCAGGCCAGGUAUUCAUUUGCACUCAUAAUGGACACUGUGAAUGCCACCAUGGAGAAGUUGAGGGCCCAGUGUCUGUCCCGAGGGGCCUCGGGCAUUCAGGGUCUAGCCAGGUUUUUCCGCCGCCUGGACAAGGAUGGUAGCCGGUCCCUGGAUGCAGGGGAGCUGAGGCAGGGCCUGGGACAGCUGGGGCUGGAGGUGGGGGAAGCAGAGGCAGAGGCGUUGUGCAAGCGCUGGGACCGCAAUGGCAGUGGGACACUGGACCUGGAGGAGUUCCUGCGAGCACUACGGCCCCCCAUGUCCCAGGCCCGGGAAGCUGUCAUUGCAGCUGCCUUUGCUAAGCUGGACCAGACUGGGGAUGGUGUGGUGACCGUGGAUGAUCUGCGAGGGGUAUACAGUGGUCGGGCUCACCCCAAGGUGCGCAGUGGAGAGUGGUCAGAGGAUGAGGCCCUCCACCAAUUCCUUGACAACUUUGACAUGUUUGAGAAGGAUGGGCAGGUCACACUGGCAGAGUUCCAAGACUACUACAGCGGGCUCAGCGCUUCAGUGGACACGGACUCCGAGUUUGUGGCCAUGGUGAGCAGAGCCUGGCGCCUCUGAUGUGGCAUCCCUCACCUGCCUAACAGGGCCCUUAGCCUAGUCCUGACCCACCUGCUGCCCUCUGUUACCACUGUCCUGGGGCCUCAACUAGACACAGGGAGGGGGAGAUGUGAGAAUGGAGGCUGAACCAGGUCUGGACCAGGUCUCCUGCAGGGCCACCUGUAGACCUGGCAAUGGCUAGAUUGAUCACUGACCCCAUCAGGGGCCUCCAUGGCCACACCCAGCCCAUCUGGCUGCCAGGUGCAUGGGAGGCUGGGGGGUUUUGUUAAAAGUUUUAAUGCAGUUCUCAAAUACAUUUCAUAUGACAAUCUUACAUAAAUGUUCCAAAACACA